UGUUGGCUACUCUGGAGUGAAUACUGCGUUGAAUUUGACUCUUUUUUUUUUUUCUGGCUGGCCAGGGGAAACUCGCAUCUCAGAGGACCCGAAGGAUUAUUUACAGGGCGCUCACCAACCAAACACAACAGUCUAAUUUAACCUUUCCAAGUCCUCAUAAAUUUUUACAGCUGGGAGCCACAGCAAGGCAAACGAAUCUGUUGGUCGUUCUCGACUUCCUACCAGCCUGUGUGGCUUCUGAAACAAUAACUCCUUAUGAAAUAUCAUAAAUAUAGAUUUAAAUACAGUAGAGUGAGAAUGCGAUUUGGCUGCUUUUUUUAUGGCUUCAAUUAUUGUCUAAUUUUAUAUGAGGGGGCUCCGCCGGCCUCACUCCGCACGCGGACCCGCGCCUUCCUGAUAGCGUGAUUAAUUGUGAUAUAAAAUAGUCCGCUUAAGAAAUGUGUGUGUGUGUGUGCGCGCGCGCGCGUGUGUGUGUGUGUGCGCGCGCGCGCGUGUGUGCGGUAUGGGGUGGUAGGAGGGCAGGGGAGAGAGUCUAGAGGCAAAGGCCCGAUUUGAUCUUUUCAUCUUCGUUGGCCACAAUUAAAACAAACCCGAUUGUGGAGCGGUGCGAUCCCUUUGCAUAAAAACAUAUGGCUUUUGCUAUAAAAAUUAUGACUGCAAAACACCGGGCCAUUAAUAGCGUGCGGAGUGAUUUACGCGUUAUUGUUCUGCCGGGCGGGCACGUGACGCGCGUGGCCAAUCGGGGCGCGGGCGCCGGCAACUUAUUAGGUGACUGUGCUCCCCCCCCUCCCCCGCCACCCCCCGGGUGCCACCAAGUUGUUACAUGAAAUCUGCAGUUUCAUAAUUUCCGCGGGUCGGGCCGGCCGGGCGGGCGGGCCAGGCGCGGGGCUACGGCAAUGGCCACCACGGGGGCUCUGGGCAACUACUACGUGGACUCCUUCCUGCUGGGCACGGACGCGGCGGAGGAGCUGAGCGCCGCCGGCCGCUACGCGCCGGGGCCUCUGGGGCAGCCCCCACGGCAGGCGCCCGCGCUGGCCGAGCACCCCGACUUCAGCCCUUGCAGCUUCCAGUCCAAGGCGGCGGUGUUCGGCGCCUCGUGGAACCCGGUGCACGCGGCGGGCGCCAACGCCGUGCCCGCGGCCGUGUACCACCACCACCACCACCCCUACGUACACCCCCAGGCGCCCGUGGCCGCUGCGGCGCCGGACGGCAGGUACAUGCGCUCCUGGCUGGAGCCCACGCCCGGCGCGCUCUCCUUCGCGGGCUUGCCCUCCAGCCGGCCUUACGGCAUUAAACCUGAACCGCUGUCGGCCAGAAGGGGUGACUGUCCCACGCUUGACACCCACACUUUGUCCCUGACUGACUAUGCUUGUGGUUCUCCUCCAGUUGAUAGAGAAAAACAAUCCAGCGAAGGCGCCUUCUCCGAAAACAAUGCUGAGAAUGAGAGCGGCGGAGACAAGCCCCCCCUCGACCCCAAUAAUCCCGCGGCCAACUGGCUUCACGCGCGCUCCACGCGGAAGAAGCGCUGCCCCUACACCAAGCACCAGACGCUGGAACUGGAGAAAGAGUUCCUGUUCAACAUGUACCUCACCAGGGACCGAAGGUACGAGGUGGCCCGACUGCUCAACCUCACCGAGAGGCAGGUCAAGAUCUGGUUCCAGAACCGCAGGAUGAAAAUGAAGAAAAUCAACAAAGACAGAGCAAAAGACGAGUGAUGCGAGGCGGGUUGAGUUAGCAAACAGAGCAAGCUAGAGAGAAAGCGAAAGGACGGGCUGUCCCCUUCCUCUGGCCGCCCAUCCCAGCCAAAGGCCCUGGCACAACGCUGCCCUAACCCCCCAGGUCUCCCCCAAAUCCUGCUCAGGCUGGCUCCUAGGCUUUCGGCUUUGAUGGAGGAGGUAUUGUAUGCUUUCCACUUUCUGUCAGGAAAAUAAAAUUUAAAAAAAAAAGAGGGCAUUAAUGCUGAUGGCUGUGCGUGCUAGCUUGUAUAUAUUUAAAAAAAUAUCUACCUGCUCCUGACUUAAAACAAAAGAAAAAAAACUACCUUUUUAUAAUGCACAACUGUUGAUGGCGGGCUGUAGAGUUUUAGUUAUGUAGUUAAUUUAAUUUGCUCUUUGUUCGGGCAGAUCCCUCUGCUCCUAUACUUGAACACUGUGCUUUAUUGUGGUAAUUAUGUUUUGUGACUCAAACUUCUGUGCUGGGUGAGGUACCCGUUGUUGUGUUUGUGGAAGCUAGAAUUCAAUUUAAACUCAGGUUGUUUGGGGUGGGAGGGAAACAGUUGCAUAGAGUAUAGCUCUGUAGUGGGAUACACGUCUUUCUGUAUAACUAGGCUGUUAACCUAUGAUUGUAAACUAGCGAUAAGGAUUUUCCAGUGAAAUAAAAUUUGAAAAAAAAGGGGGGGUGGUUAGUUCUCCAGGAAGCAUAGAUUCAUGGUUUCUCCUCUUUGGAAAUGGAGACAUUUUGGGCUCUAAUGCUAUAUAGUUCUGUCUUGUCCAUUGUAUAUAUAAUCUAUAUAUCAAGAAAAAAAUUUCAUAAUCAGAUAAGCUUGAAUAUUGUUGUUGUUUUGGGUGUUUUUUUUUUUUUUUGCACCAGAGGAACAGCGAGGAAAUUCGGAGCUAUACAUAUGUGCAGAAGGUUACUACCUAUGGUUUACUUAAUUUUAAUUGGGGAAAAAUGAAUGAUUAUUGUAAUGGAGUUAAUUUUAUUGAUAAUAAAUUAUACACCAUAAACCGCCACUGAGCUGCUGUACAUUUGUAUCCUUGAUGAAUUUUGAGUUUCCAUCGGGCUGAACAUACACUGUAUAUUUUGCAAUAAUUACCUCAAGGCCUACUGACCAAAUUGUUGUGUUGAGAUAUUUAACUUUUUGCCAAAUAAAAUAUAUUGAUUCUUUUCUA